AUGACGCUGACCUUUGGUCAAAUCCAGGAUCCACGAGAGGAGGUAAUUCCGAAAAAUGUUGGGCAAAUUGGACAAGCAAAACUCAAAGAUAAAAACCCACUUUUCAACACCAACUCUCAAUGGGAAAGCAACGAUCGUCGUUGCAUGGACAUUAUAACGCCGCCUCCGUUUUCGGUGCUCGUACCUUAUUAUCAUGUAUGGAUUCGAUGGAACAAAAGUGAAGAAUGUAAUCCAAUUACCCCAUUAACAAAUUUUGCUAUUAAACUUUACAAUAAUCCCAAAUCUUCUGGAAACGUAAAUAAUCCUAAAGUUAAGGCCGAAUGGGAUCAUGAAAUUGCAGUUGGAGUUCAGGGAUUUCAAAUUGAAUGGGAUGUACCGCUGUUUCCCGAAGAUGAAGUGAAGAAUAUCAGUUUGUUUUAUAUAAGAGUACAAACAGAGGCAAAUAUAAAUGGGGGAAUGUAUACGGUGUUUGGAGUUACGGGACCUUUAACUAUUUGGACAAAACCUGAUAUUGUCAAUAAAACUCUUUUUACACCCGAGGAAAAAAAUCAUACGACUCUGACAAAUACAACUACUGGAAAGUUAGUGAAAUCGACAAGUGAUUCUUUUGUGUUUACGAAACCAAAUUAUUACGAAAUUAUGUUAAAUAUUGUUGUAUUUUGUUGUUUGAUUGCAUCUGGUGUGGCACUAUUUUUGUAA